UUUCCUAUGCUAUUCGAGGUGCGGGCAUGAAGAAUGAAAAGAUGUGUGCAGCCCCUAUUCUUGCGGCCAUUGCGUAUGGGCUUGAGAAUAAGCCAGCAGGGACAGUCAUAUUCAUUUUUCAUCUGGGUGCCACAACGUGCACCGCAUCAUUGAUUAGGAUUCAAGAAACAAUAUGCUUAGAUGUGUCGGAUCGUAAAAUAGAAGAUUCCGUUUUUGAGGAGGUGGCAGCCGUUGCCGAUACUAGGCUAGGAGGCGACUAUUUUGACGAGAGAGUGGUCAACCACGUUAUUGAGAACCUCAAAAAUCAUAAUGGAGUUGAUAUAUGCGGGAAUGAAAUGUCACUAUCGAGAGUGAAGGCUGCUGUUGAGAAGGCGAAGAGAGCCUUGUCGUUCAGCUGCAAGUCCGAAGUGGUAGUUGACGAUGCAUUGGAUGGCAAGGAUUUGCAAAUGUAUAUCACCCGAUCAGUGUUCGAGGAGUUGAACGAGAAUCUCUUUCUCAAAUGUAUUGAUACGGUGGAAAGUUGCAUGGAAGAGGCAAAAUUACAUAAGAAUGACGUUGAUGAAGUGGUAGCCAUGGGUGGUUCAAGCAGAAUCCCCAAGUUACAAGAACUAUUGAGUUACGUAGCUCUUUCCCAAUGAAGAAGUUCGCCAACAGUUCUUGUAACUUGGGGAUUCUACUUGAACCACCCAUGACUACCACUUCAUCAACGUCAUUAUUAUGUAAUUUUGCCUCUUCCAUGCAACUGUCCACCGUAUCAAUACAUUUGAGAAAGAGAUUCUUGUUCAACUCCUCGAACAUUGAUCGGGUGAUAUACAUCUGCAAAUCCUUGCCAUCCAAUACACCGUCAACUACCACUUCGGACUUGCAGCUGAACGACAAGGCUCUCUUCGCCUUCUCAACAGCAGUCUUCACUCUCGAUAGUGCCCUUUCAUUCCUGCAUAUCUCAACUCCAUUAUGAUUUUUGAGGUUCUGAAUACCGUGGUGGACCACUCUCGUCAAAAUAGUCCCCUCCUAGCCUAGUAUCGGCAACGGCCGCCACCUCCUCAAAAACGGAAUCUUCUAUUUUACGAUCCGACACAUCUAAGCAUAUUGUUUCUUAAAUCCUAAUCAAUGAUGCGGUGCAAGUUGUGGCACCCAGAUGAAAAAUGAAUAUGACUGUCCCUGCUGGCUUAUUCUCAAGCCCAUAUGCAAUAGCUGCAAGAAUAGGGGCUGCACACAUCUUUACAUUCUUCAUGCCCGCAUCUCGAAUAACAUCUCGAAUAGCAUAAGAAAUAGUCCUACGCUAGCUAUCAUUGUAGUGAGUUGGUACACCUAUUACAACCUCAUCAUGAAUAUCGUCGCUUCCAAGGAUUUCCUUGCAAGUCGACACUGACUUGUUUAAGGCCUUUAAGUAUACUGUAUAAAGAAAAAAUAUAUAAAAUUAAUAUACAGACAAUCAAAAGUAAUAUGAUUUAAUAAAGCAGUUUUGAGAGA